AAGCGAGGAGCCCUCCCUCCGCUCGCGGCUCUCCCUCCUCACAGACCGGCCGGCACCGGCCCAGCGCCCAACCCGCUCUGCCGCACCCAAGAUGGCACCCGAGGGCGGCCGCACCGCGACGGGCGCUGGGCGGGGAGGCGGGAGGCGGCCGCCUCACGUGAGAAGCUGAAAAGGGAAGAGCCGGGGCUGUGCGGGACGGAGCGGCGGCGCUGGAAAGAGUUAGGUGGCUUCUCCUCGGCACUGCGUCCUCGUUCUUCCACCAUGAGGAUGCCAUACCUGCUCCCCACUCUGCUGUACCUCUCGCUUGUGCUGCUGGGGCCUGGUGGUGGAGUCAUUGUACUGUCUGUCCCUGAAGUGGUUUCAUUAGAAAGUGGAAGUUCAGCAAACGUCACUAUCUCGCUGAGGGCUCCAUUAAAUGAGACACUGGUGAUAACUCUUAAUAUUACACACUCAUCAAAACGCAGCACUAUUGUUGAACUGCCUGAUGAAGUACAAUUGCCUGCAGGUCACACUAAAGCAGACUUCCAAGUGAAAGCAGAUGAUGUUGGACAAGUAACAGUUUAUCUUUAUACCAUUAAUUCCAACUUAACUGGACCUAGGAUUCAAUUUCACGUGAUUCAUAGCAUCAUAGUGAGAUACGCUGAUGAGGUGAUUGGCUGGAUCUACUUCCUCGCCUGGUCUGUCUCCUUUUAUCCUCAACUCUUUGAGAACUGGCGACGGAAAAGUGUUGUUGGACUAAGUUUUGACUUUAUAGCACUAAACCUUACUGGCUUUAUAGCAUACAGUGUGUUUAAUGUUGGACUCUUCUGGAUUCCCUUGAUUAAGGAGGAAUUCUUAGUCAGUUAUCCCAGUGGGGUGAACCCUGUGGCUAUCAAUGAUGUUUUCUUCAGUCUCCACGCGGUAGCUCUAACUCUCCUCACCGUAAUUCAGUGCUGCAUCUACGAGAGAGCCGGUCAGAAAGUAUCCAAAGUUGUAGUUGGACUACUGGCACUUGCGUGGAUCUUCACAUUUACAACACUGUUUCUUGCUGCAGCUGAGGAAAUGACAUGGCUACAGUUCUUAUUCUGCUUCUCUUACAUUAAGUUAGCAGUCACACUGAUAAAAUAUUUUCCACAGGCAUACAUGAAUUUCCGUCGGAAGAGUACUGAGGGAUGGAGUAUUGGAAAUGUGUUACUAGACUUCACUGGUGGAAGCUUCAGCCUUCUCCAGAUGUUUUUGCAGUCGUACAACAAUGAUCAGUGGAAGUUAAUCUUUGGAGAUCCAACCAAGUUUGGCCUGGGUGUCUUCUCCAUCAUCUUUGAUAUUGUUUUUAUGGUCCAGCACUACUGCCUUUAUAGGAGACAAGGCUAUGAACCUUGUGAAUAACAUCACUUGUGAAGACAAAAACUUUAAAUUGAACUUCCCCUAUCCUGGCUGAGGGCUUUCAAGAUGCCUACUGCAGUUACCAGAAAUACUGAUUACAAUCUCUGUUUAUAUUUUGAUCCUCUCUGGUAUGGAACACAAGCUGUUGCCUUAUCAAAUCCUGAUUGCCAGGUGCCUUAAAGGACAGCAGGCUCUCUAGCCCCCACUUGCAAAUGGAAGACUCACGCCCACUGAAGCUGCAAAGACAGCUUAGUGUGAGCUGGCCAAGCAACAUGGGCCUUUCUUUCCAUUAACACCAGGAAAGAGAAAGACUAGAGUGGUGUCUUUCUGAUUGGAAGUGAAGCACAAAGAGUAGAGUUCUGGCUUCCAAAAAUCCAAGAUUAUGUUUAAGCAACCACUUAAUGUAAUGACUGAGGAGAGACUGUGGAUCAAAGUGCUGCUGCUGGCUCAUCACAGACAGAUCACAGUGGAACACCACUCAGGUUGGCUGUUAACAGCUGUAGUGGUACAUGAAAGAAUAACGAGGUUGGUAGCAAAUACAGGAACCUGAAUUCUUUCUUACAAAAAAAAAAAAAUACUGAGAAGAAAUAGAAACUCUAUUCUUAUUUCACUGAAAGCUCUUUCAAAGGUGCAAGACAAGUGCUCAGACUUAUCUGAAUACUUACAGUGCACUAACUUCACUUUGCUCGGUUCUACUGACAUGCCUUGGUUACUAAACUGUGGAUGGUAAAGAUUAAAGAUUUAUCAGAUUUUUAAGUGGAUCAUGUUAACAGCCUGAUGAUUACAGUUUAAGCAUACGGUUUUGUUCCUGGGCUACCUGUGGUGUGUUCUAGGAAGAGAUCAAUGUCUUGAGUUACUUGAAAAUAAGCAUUAUACCCUUUAAAAGAAACAGAAGGGAAUUCAUACAUUUGUACUUGAACAGUACAUGUAUGCUCAAAAGCAACCUAAGGAAAAGUAGAACCCCUUCUCCCCCUGCUACAGAGCCGGUGAGGUUUGACAGCUCACUAACACUGCACAUACCCACCACUGAAACCAGAAC